UGCAAGUUCGUCAUUUUUGCGAAGUAGUCUAGACUGUAAAUGUUACCGCUCACAAAAAUAUUCACUCAAGUUCAAAAUAAUAUAGGAAGUGAAUUGUAAGCAAGAGGAAGUACUGAUGGUAGUUGUCAUGUCUGCCGAUCAUUAGACAUGCGCUUGAAUUUGAUAGUUCAGUAUUUUGAUGUCUGAUGUGAUAUAACAUGUUCUGACACUUUUAAAGAAGAUCAAUAAUGAAUGAGAUGCAUUUUGAAAGGAUUCACCUUUGAUCGUUGUACUGUAACAUUGUACAACUGUUACAAUAAAAAAAAUCUAUUCAAGAACAUGGAAAGACUUUGAAAUCAAUUGCUAUUGUGAGGCAAAUUUUGGGUGUUGUACAUUCACAGUACAAACCACGAACAUGGCACUUCCAAGAGCGAGAUUUAUAUUUGUUUUUGUGGUAACUGUCGUAUUGCUAUACAUGAUAUUAGUAUACUAUGAUCAGCCUGUUUCAAAUAUACAGUACGGAGUGCAAGUUGAGCAAGGUGAAGAUGGUGUUGUAUGCCGCGAUUGUAAUAAAUAUUGCUAUACCUCGCCGUAUGGUAAGAAAAUGGUACCACUCGAUGGGGAUAAAUUGCGCCAAAUUGGAUGUGAACAGCGAUUACCGCAAGCUUUAAUAAUAGGAGUGAAAAAAUCUGGAACAACUGCCCUCAAGCAUUUCGUCAGUUUUCAUCCACAAAUAGCAUCACCGGUUGAUGAGGUCCAUUUCUUUGAUAAUCGUUAUUUUAUGGGAAUGGAUUGGUAUAUAUCCCAAAUGCCAUAUGCUUUAAAGAAUCAGACAGUGCUAGAAAAAACGCCUCGAUAUUUUGUGUGGGCAGAUGCUCCCGACAGAGUCAGGAAAGAUCUAGCCUCGGAUGUCCGCAUGAUUGUUGUAUUACGUGACCCAAUUGGUCGCGCUGUGUCCGACUUUGUACACAUACAGUUUAAACGUCAUUUACAGGAGGUUGCUGAUAACGGCGGAAAACCAGUCAAACAAGUUGUUCUACCAUUGACACCAGAGUUAAAAAAAAAGCGAGAAAAACAAAAGAUAUCUGAUGAACGUAAUAAUAAAGCCAUUGGAAGCUCAAUGUAUGAAGUCACAGAAUCCUUUGAAGAUUCUGUGAUAGAUGCCGACGGCAACGUGAAAGGCGAAAAUAGUUUAAUCGAUACAGGUAUAUAUGUAAAGUAUUUAAGACGCUGGUAUGAGAAAUUUCCAAGAGAUCAAAUACUUGUUAUGGAUGGAAUUGAUUUGAUUAAAAAUCCAUGCAAAGCUAUGAAGUCUGUAGAGGAUUUUCUAGGUCUACAGCCACAUUUUACCGAAAAACAUUUUUAUUUUGACCCAGUGAAACACUUCUAUUGUUUAGCUCUUCCAGUUAAGGCGUGUAUGAGUGCAUCAAAAGGUCGUACACACCCUGAAGUGUCACAAGAGGUUACUGACAAAUUACGGAAUUUCUACAAACCAUUUGAUAGGGAGCUUGAAGAGCUAACAGGUCAAAGGUUUUCAUGGGUAGAAAGAGAUUAAUUAUCAUUUUCAAUAUUUUAAUAGUAUCUAUAAAGAAACUAUGAAUUAUGAUAUAAUAACAUAAUUUUUGUACAAAUAUUUUGAGAAAAACAUUAAUACUCAAACACAAUCAAUUAUCAAUCUAUUUAAUUUGCAUCAGCACAUUUCUAAAUACUGUAUGCAAAUUUGGAAGACUCAUUAUAGCUAGCUUGACAGUACUGUGCUGGCUUGUAUGACACUGCUUAAUUAUCAUUCAUCUUCUAAACAACUUUCAAACAUUAGAAUUUAUGGGAUGACUACUACUGUUUUUUUUUUGCACUACAACUGAGUUGAAUUUCAUAUCCAUGAAUCUACCUGUCAAAAUUUAAUUGACAAUGUAAUCUUGAGAAAACUUUUUAUUGGUAAAGUCCAAGAAUGUUCCUUUGGUUGGGUUUAGAGACUAUGUUCUUCUCAAAAUUCAUCUAUCUGUAAAUAUUUUUUUCAAUUUAGAGUAGGAAAAAAUAUAAGAUUGUUUAAAAAAAAAAUAUAACAUAUAUGUAUUACAGAAAGAGUUACAGUAAUUGUUUAUCAGAAAGCUUCAUUCCUUAUAUUUUUACACGGUCUUUAGGAAAAUGGGAGCUGCAGUCUAUUUCCCCAAAUGUGUUUAGGUCGCACAAAGAGAUUUUAGGCCUACAGUAGGCUAUAGGAAAAGCUCUAAAAUUGUCACAUACCUCAAAUUCACAUGCUAAAAUUAUUUUGCGAGCCUAGAAAUAUCAAAAAUAGGCUAUUUAUUUCAACAUCCAUCAUUGUAAAAAACCACCGAUUUUAGAAUCAAUAGUACAAAUUUAGGUAAAAAUAUAUUUUUGAUGCAUUUCUGUAUUAUUAUUUUGAAGCCCAUUUUAUUGGUCAAAUCCUAUCACAAAUUGUGCUUGAAUCAUGAAGCAAUACUGUUUUAAUUUUACAUGUUUAUUUUGUAUGCUUUGGAAAUUAGUUUAAUAUAGUAUAUUGUCUUUUGUAAUCUUUGUAUGUAUGCCAAAACUAAUUACAGUAAAACAUCCAUUUUACGUACCUCUUGGUACCAAAAGGUGUGUAUAAAUUGAAGAAUUUGUUAACUAGAUGGGUCUCAGUUUCCAAUACCUAGGUCUAGCUAUCCCCUGCCAUUGAGCGCCGAUGGGCUGACGGCGGCCAGGCCUAGCACAAACCGACAAUGCAACAGCGUGGACUACCGCGCUAGAGCCUAGCUAAAUUUACUUCGAUAAAAACGGAAAAUUAUUUUAAUUGCUGGCAUUCUUCCACUUAACAAAAUAUUAUUUUUAAUCUGUAUUUCUUAUGGACCUUUCUUUCGUGUUCUUUCUAGUUGUUAGAUCGCUGAAUAGUGUUGUUUACAUGCAUUUUGCGAUCAUAUCUAGCAUUUACGAUGUCAAUAAAUUGCUGACCCCAACACUCUUGUUCGUCGUCGUAAACAUGUACGCUUAAUUACGUUGAUAGUUUGUUGUUCUGGUUAGGUUUAUUACAUUAACAUAGUGAUCAUUAUACCAGAAAUGGAAGUAAAGAUUGAAAUAUUAAUAAAUAAAUAAAACAAACUUGAUUUUAUUAAGAAAAAUUUACAUUAUCCCUUUGUAAAACGUGCGCAGUCAGACUUUUUUUACCGCAAUAGUUGGUCGAUGAUGACGUCAUUGGCAAAGACCAUUCGUAAAAUUCACUAUUCGUAAAAUGGACGUUUUACUGUAUUAAGGGACAUUAUAUUAGUUAUAAUGAUGUCCCCUCAUGGGUUCUACUGUACUGUAUAUCAAAGUUGGUAAUUUGUUCAAUUCUCUGAUUAUAAAUCAGUAAGACUAAAUUCAUCAAAGAUGUGGCAAAUAGAAAUAGGCUUUCCUCCUGGCCCCAACCAAGGGCACUAGGCAGCCCAGGCCUCCAGUCAAAGUGCACUACAUUGCUUUGCUCCCAUCUCUCUGACUUCUGUUUUCCACCUUCAGGGAAAUCUUUACACCAGCACUCCAGAGAGCAUAGUUUUUUUUAGCAAUAAUCACCAGCUCUUCCAAAUGCAAGUCUGCUCACUGUGCCCAUGUACUUUUAGGAAGUUAAGAAAAAGAAGGUACUGGUAAUCAAAGAUCUGUUUUUUUUUUUCUCUAAUUAGUAAUUCAUAUGUAAAGAUAUAUUUUGAAGUAUUAAAUAAAUAAUUUUGAAUAAGAAAUACUGUAGCUUGAAAAUCAAGCUUGCAGAAUUUUUAUGAUAAUUGUUUAAUUUUAUAGCAUAUGUUUUUUUUUUUCAUGCUUUUACUAGAUUUGUAUGAGAUAAUUUGUGUAUGUCAAUAAUUUUGAGUAUGUGAAAUAUUAUUGAUAUUAUAAAUGCAUGCCAUGUACAGUAGAUAGUUCAGAAAAGAACUGUUAGUUUUUGUUGAGUGUCUCAAAGUUUUGAUUGAGGUAUUCUCCAGAUGACAGUAUAAAGUUUUUUCUCGUUCAUAUUUUUAAUUUUAAGGUAAUAACUUGCUUAAAUACACCAACUAAGCAAUUUUUUAUUUUUUGGCGCAUGAUAAACGGUAUGUAAAAUAGAGCAUCAUUUCCAUACUUUAAUUGGUGAGAUUAGUCACUGCUGAAUAGGAAUGACAUGACAUUUUAUUUGUAAAAAAUUUUUGAUUUAUUUUGAAUACCAAACUGGUGCUUACGCUGUGCAAGGAUUAUUCCUGUCUUUCAUUUUAUGUUGCUAAAUUUACUGUUUAUGUUUUGUGUAUUUUUUAUAAGUAAAUAGCUUCUUGUCUUUAUAUAUAGUUAUGACUAAAAUGUUUUUGUCUUGAGCCCGUCCCAAUGUUAAUGGUUUGAUAAGAAAAAUUCUUAUGAUUUAUUGCCUUGAGAGUUAAUGAGCUUAAUAUUAAAUUCAUCCUAUAACUGCAGUAAUGUACAGUUAAUCCCUUAAGGUCAGUCAUCAUAUCCAGUCAAAGAGGAAAUAUGGCUAGAAUACAUUUAUAUUGGACUGCUUUAUACUAAGUACUUAGAGUGCUGUUCUGUAUGUUUGUUUUUUAGUAUAAUAUUAGUGAACAGUGAUAGAGUUACACUUGUUGAGCACAUAAUCAUUAUAAAAUCAUCCAUUGUUUGGCAUCAGAAAAUAUAUAAAAGUAGUACUUUCAAGAUAUAUACACAAAUGUUAGGUGUUAUUGAUAAAAAUUAAAAUUAUAUCUAAUAUGAUUAUUGUUACGAUGUGAUACCACUGUAGUUCACAGUACUACCCAAUAGUUUGAUGUGCUUUAAACCGAUUUAUUUUUUGUAAUAUUUGGAAAUUAACUGCUCCAAUGUUUAACAAUAAAAACCUGUAUUGGAUCACUACACAUA